UCAUAUUGAAUCACAUAUUUUUCAUCAAAAGAAAAAAAAUGGAAGCUGCCAACAUCACUAAUUCAAUUCCUCUUCUUACACCUUACAAGAUGGGUAAAUUCAAUCUAGCUCAUAGAGUUGUUUUGGCACCACUAACAAGAAUGAGAUCAUACAACAAUGUUCCUCAACCCAUUGCUGUCAAGUAUUAUUCUCAGAGAACCUCUAAAGGUGGUAUUCUCAUAGCUGAAGCUACUGGUGUUUCAGACACUGCUCAAGGCUAUCCAAACACGCCAGGAAUAUGGACUAAAGAGCAAGUUGAGGCGUGGAAACCUAUCGUAGAUGCGGUUCAUGACAAAGGCGGUAUAUUUUUCUGUCAGAUUUGGCAUGUUGGAAGAGUUUCAAAUUCAGUUUAUCAGCCAAAUGGACAAGCACCGAUAUCUUCUACGGACAAGUCACUCACAAGCAAUGAUGUACAACAAUUCACGAAACCGAGACGGCUAAGCACAGAUGAAAUUCCUCAUAUUGUCAAUGAUUUCAGACUUGCUGCAAGAAAUGCUAUUGAAGCUGGUUUUGAUGGAGUUGAAAUCCAUGGAGCUCAUGGCUACCUACUUGAACAAUUCAUGAAAGAUAAAGUGAAUGACAGAACAGAUGAAUACGGUGGAUCCCUCGAGAAUCGUUGUCGAUUUCCUUUGGAAGUUGUUGAAGCAGUUGUGAAUGAGAUAGGAGCAGAUAAAGUUGGAAUUAGACUAUCACCUUUUGCAGAAUAUGCAGAAAGCGGAGACUCCAAUCCCAAUGAAUUGGGACUUCAUAUGGUUAAUGCCCUCAAUAAGUACAAUAUUCUUUACUGUCACAUGGUGGAACCAAGAAUAAAAUCAGCUUCUGAAACGAUUGAAAGCCCUUACAGUCUGGUGCCAAUGAGAAAGGCUUUCAAUGGCUCUUUCAUGGCUGCAGGAGGCUAUGACAGACAAGACGGGAUCGAUGCUAUAGCUGAAAACAAGGCAGAUCUUGUAGUUUAUGGUCGUUUGUUCUUAGCAAAUCCAGAUUUGCCAAAGAGAUUUGCACUUAAUGCUCCUCUCAACAAGUAUAAUAGGGAGACAUUCUACAUUUCUGAUCCGGUUGUUGGUUACACUGACUAUCCCUUUCUUGAAUGAAGAAAACAAUGUUGUAUUGCAGCAUCCAAGGGUGGACCUCCAUAUUAAUAAGUUGUUUUUCUUCUUAUACAUUGGUUUUGCAGUGAAUUUGGUCACUUAAUUAAGAAUUUUGUUAAUUAUAGACAUAGUUAUAUUUUUUAUUCAUUCUUCUCAUACUAGCUUCUCUGCUAGGACACACAGUGUGUAGAACCAUUAUGUACCUGAUUUUUGUAAUACCAUUUGAGCUUUGUGUUAAUGAAAAGGAUUGUUGUAGUAA